AUGGAGGUUCCAGAUAUCCAUCAUCGUCUUGGGGCGGCGGUUAUGAUAGGGGAUAUGCAUCUGCAUGGAAUUACAGGGAACCUGGUGGUUAUGACCGUGGUUACGGUUCAAGUGGUUAUGGUUCUAGUGGUUAUGGUUCAAGUGGAUACGGAGGAUAUGGCCGAGACCCUUACUACCGCCCUCACACGAGCUACCUCUUCGACCGCGACGGCGACAAACCGGUUUCGAACCAGGGUGCUGGUGUGCGUCCUGACUCGAACCAGAACGCAAACCGCAAUGAAGGCGGCAACAGGAACGGUGGCGCUAACAACGGCUCUGGUGGCGACUCGAAGAACGACAGGGACAAUAAUGCAAAUGACGUCAGAAGCAAUGACGUCAGGGAAGGAGCAAUGA